AUGGCUCGAGCCACUGAUGAAGGCAUGCAAAUGCAAUCCAGUGACGGGAGCUGAAAUCUCCGCGCGCUAAUGGAGGCUCGUGCGAAGAGGCGAUGUGUUUAAUUCGACUUGGAGGAAGGUGGAAUCACCUCAGCGGUGUGUGAAAGAGGGAGAGAGAGGCGAGCGGAGCGGAGAGGAGGGGAGGGGGCGGGGGUGUAUGGACCUCGCUGGCUACGGGACCCACAGGCACCCCGAUUGUGCUCCGCUCUCAUCAUUCUUGGAGGUGAGGACAAAAGAAAAAAGGGGAAAUCGGAAGAAAGGCCCGGGAUCUGAGUGUCGUGACGGGCCCCCCGACUUCGCCGCCGCUGGUCGGGGUUGUCUGGACUCAAAAGGCUGAAGGAAAAGCGGCGGAGCGGUCGACUCUAGACUGGGGUUUCCUGCCACAGCAGCGGGAUUGUCACAAAACAGCCUUUCACCCUCCGAGGGGCCUUGUAUUGCUCCGUUUUUCAGAGUUGUGAAGGCAUCUGGUCGGCAGCUCAUGGAACACGAACUUCUCUGCAUGGAAAUACUGAAGAGAAACAGAAAACCGGAGCCUGAAUUGACUGAACCUGAAGUGGAAUAAAUGGAUUACCCUCCUUUUGGAAAAUUGUUGCCAUGGAACUAGGUAGAAUGAAAUGAUGGUUGAUGGAAAAAAACAAAGGUAAGACGGCUAAAUGCUGAAGACACAGGAAGGCACCGAGAAGAACCCGAACACAUUCAAGGAAAGAACAAUUACUCUGUAGGGACCAAAUGCUUCUACAGUCCAAAUGAAUGCAUGCAGUAGCAAAAAAACUAGAAACAGUAUUCAAAAGGGAACGACCAAGAAAAAGAGUCGCACUCCUCGCCUCAGAGCCGAUGAGAAUAUCCAUGGAGGGUUGGCCUCUGGGAGCGCUGAGUGAGGGUCUGUACUCAGACCUGUUGAUUCCGUUACUGGAGUUUUUGUCUCACACAGGUGUGAGUCAGUGUCCCGGCAAACGUACACACAUGUUGACGAACUGAAGGAUUGCUGUGACGGAGCGCAGUCUCGAUGGUUUUAUUGAGAUUUAGCUGUUUUUUUUUUUUCCUUUCACGAGACGCUAUUGGAUCGCCGCUCGGUUUAAUCCCAAAAUAGCUCGGCUUGCUUGAGCUGUUAUUAUAGUGGAGUGUAUACAUGUUAAGACAUUUAAGGUUUAAAAUCUCACUCGGUGAUGUGGCAGUCGUCCAUGAUAUUGCCUGCUCGGUGCCAAACGGCUUCAGCUUCGUGGGAAUGACUGCUCAUUUUUAAUCUUGUAUUUUUCUGAAGUAGAAAUCUGCUUCACUACAUCUCUGAAUCUUUUUCCCUCUUUUUCUUUUUUCUUUUUUUGUUAGGAAAAAAGUCUGUUUUUUUUUGUUUUUUUUAAGACCCAGCUGUUAAGUGAACCUGAUUUUGAGGGCAAACCAUCAAGAUCACAUUGAAAAAGAAGAUUUUUUGCAAUUUGGCCUUCUCCUUUGUUGCUCAGAUCAUCGCCUGUUUAACCUCCCCAUCCACUACAGACACUACAAAAGGGUGAUUGUAACAUCUGCCAUAAAUAUAUAUAAUUAUAUAUAUAUAUAUAUAUAUAUAUUCCUUUGCUUCAGCUCUUUGGUGGAUUUCAAAAGAAAUUCCUUGUUUUACUGCCAGGCCAUAGACUCUCUAUUUGUCAUUUAUGCUUACUGCCACAAGCCUUCCAGCUUCUCAUCAUAAUCAUUCCCUGAUAUAGACACUGACAGAUAUUUCCGUUUUUAAUCCAGACUUGGAAAAACAAUGCAGAAUUUUUCUAACAGUCCAGCUCCCCCGUCUCUCCCCCCUGCCUUCAGUGGGAGGGGUGGAGGCGGACCUCCGUAUCCCCCUCAGCCAGCAGAGCCCCAGAUCUCCCCGAGGAUGACGGAUGAUUACGCGGGGAUGCAACAGCAGAGCCUGCACAGAGCCCAUCACCACCCGAGUCAAGCCAGCCACAUGCUUGCUUACAGUGCGAGGAGCAGAGGAGCAGUGGAGCCACCGCCAGCACAGGGUAACAUCCACAGCGGCAGCAGCAACAACCCCUACAGGAAGGAUGCCAUGGAUUACUAUUUUUCAAUGGGUGGGAAGGACAGGCACAGAAGGGGAGGUAUGGCCUACGGGGGAGGCUUCGGCUACCCUAACAUUGACGGACAUAUACCUCACCAGUACCGGCAUCCUGGAUCUAGCGCUGCACCCACAUCUGGCCUGAUGUCACCGUAUCCAGUAGACUAUGGCUCUAGCGCUGGUUCAGGCGCAGGUGCUGGAGCGUUCUCUCCUUCUCAUCAGUACAAUAUGAGUCAGAACCCUGCAAUGCAGUCAGUGCCAGGUUCUCAGAUGCAACACCGCCAGCAUGGACAGACCUUCCCAGCUGUUCACCACGGACAACAGCAUAGGACCUAUCCCCACUCUGGGCACAGAAUGACCCCACAGUACCCACACUACUCUCCACAGGGUGGAGCAUCCACAGGGUCAUCAGGAAUGUACAGCCCCCCUCCGCAGAGAUAUCUCGACGGGGCUGCCAGCACUGGGUUUGAUCCCAAAGUCAACAGCUCUCCCAGUGUCAACUCCAGUUCAAACUCAAUCUCCAGUUCAGUUGCUGCUAACAAUGUGGGGCCAAUGGAGAAUGUCCAGCAGAGCUACCAUGCUUCAACCUAUCCAGGAUAUUCCCCGCAGACGCAUUCACUUCACAAGCAAGCCACACUACAGCACCGCAACUCGCAGCACAAUUUAGGAGUAGGUUAUGACAACUCGCUCAAGAUGCAGCACCAGGGACCGUCUCCAGGCUCUGUAUAUGCUAAACUUCAUCAAGCCUCUAAUCCCAGUAUACCUCAGCCAGCAUCUCAAGAAAUAGCCAAAUCCCCAAUGCAUCCGAAUGCGCAGCAAACUCAAAUUAACCAAAACUUUAGCCCGAUUUCCAACCCUUCUCCGGCUGCCUCGGCAGUGCAUUCCCCCAGCUGUAGCUCCUCUCCUUCUCCUUUGAUGGGUGUCUCAGAGGUACAUGGAAACCCCUCAGGUCAUGGUCCUUCACAUCCUCCUACAUCGAACCCCCGUAGCAGCCAUGGUCAUGGUCGAUUACUGCAAACCAUGCCUCAGUUAAGUCCCACACCCAACUCAAACAGCAGCAUCAGUAGUUGUGGUAGCAGUGGCAGUCAUAAAGCUCACAGCAUGAGCGCAGUUGGCGGGAGCAAUCUUCCUCCGACGGGCCGCAAUAAAAUGAAUCUAGGCACAGGAAUUGGAUCCCGAGAGGAAGGCUCCUCCGUUUAUUCAUCUUCUUCACAUGACAAAAUGCAGGAUGCUGGCCUGAAUAGUCUUAAUGCCUUGAGCUCACAAGUAGCCAACUUACCAAACACAGUUCAGCACAUGCUCCUCACUGACACCGUGCUAUCGCAAAAGAAGAAAGAUGGCGGGCUGAUGCAACAGGCGAUGCACGGCGCGCCCCCGUCGCAGCCGAGGAGUCGAAACGCAAGCGCGGCCUCGAGCACCAGCACAGUCAAAGAUGCAGUGGGAGUCGGUGACGGCGCCAGCUUAGAUGUUGGUGCUGAAGAGGACUCCUCGCUGAUGUCGUCGGGGACCAAGGUGGAGCGCGAGGACCAGUUUUCUGAGGGAGAACACGGGAGGGUGAGGCAGAUGAGCGGGGCAAGCAGUGGCUCUGAACCAACUGGCUACCACCCCUCGUCACAGCAUCAAACCCAACCACAGACUGGACAAGCAUCGAAUGAUAAAACGGUCGCAUCUGAGUCACCAUCAAAACAACCAGUUGUCUCCGAAACAAAAGCAAAUGAAGCUCACAUUCCCUCCUUAUCGUCAUCUCCAUCCUUUGGAUGUCAGCCAUCAGAGACUGGCCCAGCUUCACAUUCAACACCUCCAGUUUCCUCGUCCCCCUCAUCCACCUCCUCCAGUAUUCCUCCUCCCCAGCCAAACUGUGUCCCAGAGCCUGGUUUGACAUAUAACGACCACAGGGCUGGCCAUAGGAAGACAACAGAGAUUAAAAAUGAAGUCAUUAAAGAUGAAAGUGAAGGCUCAGUUGAGAAAACAGAGAAAGGUGGUGGCCAGAUGCAACGGGAGGGAGAAGUCGAUACACAGAAUGGUCAGGACAAAGAAAAUAGGCUGCACUCUGCAUCCAGAUUACACAAUAAUGAGAGGGAAGAAAAGCACACAUCUGAGGAGCAGCAGAAUGCCGGCAGUGUUGGUGUGAUCGUCUCAGCUCGGUCUGAAGGAAGUCACACUGACAAAAGUAAGCAUCCCCAAGACAACUGUGUAGAAGAGAAACCGCCACACACUUAUUUAAGAGAGUCGAGCAGUCAUAACGGGGAGGAAGGAGUGGAUCUGAGUCUGUAUUCCUCCCAUCAUCAGAAGUCAACCUUCGGACGGCCUCAGAACCCUCCACAGUCUGGUCCACAUAAAUACGGAUACCCAGAAUCAGCAUAUGGCUCAGAUUUAUCCAUGAAGAACAAAGGGAGGACUGGCCCAGCGGGUGUGAUGGAACCACAUCCAAGAUAUUUAGGGUACCAACAAUCACAAGCUGCUUAUGGCCACGCACAUCCCAAAGAUGUGGCUUCUGUAGCAGAGGCUUUGGUGAAGAGAGGCCAAGCAGCAGGAGCUAAAGGUCAUGAGGAGAAUUCACAGAUGCAGCAGUUCCCUAGCCUUCUGCAAGAGGUUCUUCAAGGUUAUAAUUUAGACAGACGUUAUGGGAGACCAGAGCAGGCAUUUCCUGCACAUCUCCAAGUCCAGCAGCAGUUUCAAACCAGACUUCCUUACGGCGUGAGUGACAACGUGAGGAUGCAGAGUGGAGCUGAGAGUUUGGCUCUUUCUGCCCAAAUGGGUGGUUCUGGAAAACACCCAAAUCAGAAACAUGGCAGUGAGCCUGAUUUCACCACAGACCCUCAACCUGUAGUAAAAUCUGAAGGCUCCAGUUCCAAGAUCCUGCAAAAUGCUGACAAAACUGAAGUAGGUGUGUCACACAGCCAUUUACAUCAGGAGCCUCAGCAGCCCCCACCUAAACAUAUCAACUUAGCCGACUAUUCUCUGCCACAGAGAAAGGCAUUAUCUAAUGUGUCCGCUCCAUCCUCUGCCGUGCAGGAGCUCCUUCUGCAAGAGCCAGAGCCGCUAACCAGCAGCAUUGGUCAAACUGAGUCUCAGAAAUCAUCAGGCUCCAUAUUAGCCCCAUCAGAGCGGCGCUCUGUCAUCUGUGAUGUGUCGCCAAACCGACGCAGCACACCAGAGAGAGACAGGGAGGGCGACAGGGAGAGAGAGCGGGAGAAAAGUCAGAGUGGAGCCUCUGUGAUUCAACAGCCAUUUUCCUCUCCAGCAGCAGCAGCAGCAGCAGCAGCAGCAGCCAAUGAUCUAAGUAAAAAGGAUGCAGGAGAGAAACAAGUGAUGAAAAUGGAAACAGCAUCAAAAGAGGCAGGGGCAGAUGUACAGGCCGAGCACCACGGCGGCGGCGGCAGCAGCGGGGCUAAUGAGGCAGACGUGGAGUAUCACCCAAAGUCUGUUCAUUCAUCAGUUGUAAUGAAUGCUGACCCCUAUAGGCGAGGCAGUGUCGAUAUCACCUCCCUGCCUUCUCAUCCGAUGAACACUAAUCCUUUAUCUUCACCAUCAAGGCAUCAGUCGUAUCUUUUAGGUGUCGAUCUGUCCACUGGCGGCGGCGCUGGCGGCACGUUUCCUGGAUAUCGAUACGGAGAUGCAAGAGAAGGCAACAUGAUGUCACGCGGCAAUCCCCACUUUCCCUCUCACCACCCCUACCACAAUCUAUCCCCUCAGCCUCAAGCCCCAAACAAGCUUCAGAUGUACCCCCACCCCCGCGGCCCCCCUCACCACCCCCACGACCUGAGCGACUGGGUGAAAGCCAUGAACAGGCCGUCCAAGGAGAUGAUGAUGCAGCCCGGCUCGUCUCCCGGGCGACACAAGGUCAGCCAGUCGGAGCAGAGGCAGAGGAUGCUCUCCCAGCCCGACAUCCCCAGCGAGCAGCACGCCAGCAAAGCGCCUCUCCAUCACCAGAGCCCCUACUACGAUAUGAAGCUGUGGGAGACGUCGCACCCCGGAAGAGACGGCGCCCGAAUGAUGGAGGGAGACGCCUACUACAGAACACAGCCGCCUCCUCCUCCCCCUCCUCCCCCUCUUCCUCCCCCCGCCCCGGUGGUUCCACACGGCCCGGUUCCUCCGCAAAUGUCUCACGAACCCGAGGUGUCCAGAGGAGCCCCAGAGGAGGCCAAGCAUCCCUGCCCACCUCCUCCACCCACCUCCACUAAGCCUCCCGCUGACAUGAACUCCACUCAGCCGCAGGUGCAGCGUCAGACUAAAGCCGGGGGUUCUGGAGACACAAAUCCGCUAAUAUUGAGAAGGAGAGUUCGCUCUUUUAUCUCUCCCAUUCCUGCCAAAAGGCAACUCCAGGACGCCUCUCAGCAGAGGGCUCCCACAAAUUCACAUCACUCCCCGGGGGCUCAGUCUGAGUCUAGCCAUCACAAUGAAGAUGACUCAUCCAGUUCAGAUAUCCCAUGUCCCCGGCUCUCCUCCCCUCUGCCAGGAGAGAACACCUAUUCACUCCCUCUGUCUCCAUCAAGUGGCAACGCCAAGGUUUUGCCUCCCAGGAAAGGACGAGGUUUGAAACUGGAGGCAAUAGUGCAGAAAAUCACACCAAAUAUUAAAAAGCCAGCAGGCCAUGCUGAUGAUGAGUCAAAUCAUUACCCAGGCUUCUCUCACUCCGAUAUACCAACAUUUAAUGAUUCACAGGACCAAGACUUAGCACAUUUCCCCAGGGUUUCAGGAGGGGAUGAUAGUUACAUGGAUGAAAGUCACUCAUUAAAUGACAUGAUUCCCUUCAGAGGAGUCGACGACGCCGGGCCUCUGCCUCCGUCUGCCUACUCAUGUGAUCCUCACCAGACGUCUCAAGUCCUCAAACAACAAGACUUUGACUUUGGACUCGGGGCCGCUGUGGCGUCGGUAUCUGGCGACAAGGAGGAUUUUGCUCUGCUCGGACCUUUGCCCCCUCCCCCGCCUCUCCCUCGGCCGGUGCAGGGCUCCCCGCCGCCCUCCUCCUCGGCCCUGUCGGACAUUCAGCAUUUCACAAACACUUACCAGCAGCUCGAGACAAGAAGGGGGGAGCAGUCUGCCGCGAACCUGCUCAGACAGAAACUUCAAGAAUCUGGCAUGGGAUUUGAUGAUUAUCCUGGCAGCGACUACUACGGAACCACCCCGCCCCACCAUAGCCAGGCUCAAGGACACAUGCUGAACAGACAGCAUCAGAUGUCCUCCGGUAGGUCCAGCCUGUCGCCACAAGACUCUAAGCCGCUGGAGAGUGUCGUGCCUAAAGGCUAUUUCCCGUCUGGCAAGAAGAAGGGCAGGCCCGUGGGGAGCGUGAAUAAACAAAAACGGGCUCAGAACCAAGUCCAAACACCAGCCCAGGCCCAAGCCCAAGGCCCGACAACACAAGUCCAGAGCACGACUCUGUGUGCUCCUCCAGCCCCACCCAUUCCAGCUGCAGCUGCCGCCACAACCCCACCCACAGUGCAGGCCAGCAGCAGCCCACCAGCCCCCCCAGCACCUCCUCUGCCAGAUGGUAAAAGCACUCCCCCGCUGGCCCCGCCCAUCCUCACACAGGUGGUGAAGGUGGAUGUCGAGAGCGAGGACACGCAGCCGGAGAUCGAGGUCAAGCCCGUGCGACGGAGACGCAAAGGGGUGAAAGACGAAGAUGAGCCGCUGGAGGCGAGAGGACGGCAGAGGAGGAGGAGGAGAGGGGCGGCGGCGGCGGCGGCGGCGGCCGCAGCAGCACCGCCACCGAUGGCCAAAGAUGACCCAGAUAGCCUCGGUGCGAACAGAGUCGCAGCGGACCCGAACAGAAAGGGGCUGUUUGUCCCUCACAUCCACGUGGAGAAGAAAAUCCCAGAGAUCGGGGCGGUGUGCACCAUCGUAAACGCCGAGGAGGACAAGAUGAAAGGAGAGCGUAGUGCAGUGGCAGGGAAAGCAGGCGGGAGUGGAAUUGAUUCUCUCCUGACCUCAGCGCUUUCCUCCCAGUUAUCUAAGAGAGACAGAGAAUCGGAGAAACGGGAGACAGACGAGGUGGAAACUACGCUUCAGUCGGGAAAAGCGCUUCCUUCAUCUGGCUAUGUUGUUUCAGGCCCUGUGGUUACGGAGACCAAUCAUUCUGGCCGCCUGCUAUGUUGUCUGUGUCAGAAAUGGGCAAAUUACAAACAUCUCGGAGAUCUCUACGGGCCUUACUAUCCAGCUGAAUAUGCUGCAAAACUACCCAAGAACCAGCCCCAGGUCAGACAAUGUCAAGCGACCACAGGCACAAACAGAACGGGACCAAAUUCAGACACAAGCUCGAACGCUGCGAGCGCUGUCCAAGACACACAAACACAAGAUGCUGAGUUUACCAAGCCCUCCACUGAGAGCGACUAUGCCAUCAACCUAGAUUCAAACCCAGCAUGCCUCACUCCUGCAGUUAGAGCCGCCUCCCCAGCUGGAAGAGAGGAAAUCACGAUGCCCGUGGCUGCCAAGAUCAGCAGCACCGACUCGCCUCCCUCCUCCUCCUCCUCCUGCUUCGCCGCCGCCACCGCUAAACCUUCUCUAACCUGGGACAUGAAUCUAGAUAUCCGACCAAUCCCCGAGCUCAAGAGAGAGCCAGACCUGGAACCCGACCAGCAGCUGGCGCCGAAACAGCUGCAGCAGCCGCCGCUGCCGCCGCCGCCGCCGCCGCCGACGGACGAAGCCCAGCAGCGACCUCAACACAGAAAGCUGACCUCUCAUCCGCGCUUUAAAAGGAGACACAAGUCCAGCGAGGAUUCCCCCAGAAUGGUGCCCUCCAACAGCAAAGCGUCGCUGCCCUUCCAGCCCCCUCCGCCGGCCCUGGACUCCCUGGGACCCUUGGCACAACUGGCGCAGCUGCCUCAGAUGCCCAUGGACCCAGAGGAGCUGUGGGUCCACGAAGGAUGCAUAGUGUGGACCAGUGGAGUGUACCUCGUCAACGGGAGGCUGUACGGCCUUCAGGAGGCACUAGAUGGCGCCAGAGAAACAAGCUGCUCGUACUGCGAGAUGGUCGGCUCAACCCUGGGCUGCUACAGUAAAGGCUGUACACUUCGCUACCACUACAUGUGCGCCAUGGAGGCAGAUUGCUCUCUGAACGAAGAUAAUUACUCGUUGCGGUGUCCGAAGCACAAGGUAAAGAAGGAGAGUUUACCCAGAGCAUCCGGCCAGCCAAGCCAGUGUACCUGGAGCAGUCAGAGAGAGGCUGAGAGGAACGGAGACGAAGAAGAGACGCAGGAGUCUGGGAGCUGUGAUUUCGGGCGAUAGAAGACUGAGAGACGGGCAUCUGUGGCAGAGAACAACAAAAAGGGAAUGUACAAUUUCUCAACAGGAAUCAUUUACAUUUAAGACAAUGGAGAAAAGAAAAAAAACCUUUUUUUAAGAGAAUUAUCGCUCUUUACGUAAAAGCAGAAAAAAGAAAAAAACACGGACGCGCAACUCGGAGGAACGGAGCUACGAGAAAAAAGACUUUAAAAAACAAAAAAAAACACAAAGUGGAACGAAACGAGACGUCAAAGGACUGAAAACUAACGGAGCUUUUCUACGCAGAACAAAAAGAAACUUCCUCUCUAGGCUCACUUUGACUUUCCAGAGACAUCCUUCAAGUGUUUAUUGUCAUCUUUAUUAUCUUUAUUUUUUUCCAGGUUUGUUUGCGUUUGAAGGGGAGCGAGCUGGGCGUCGACACCCAGACCAGAACGAAUUUUGUAUUUUAUCUUUACGAUAUUAGGAAGAUUAUUAUUCUCAUUAUUAUUUUGUAAUCCUCAUCAGUAUUUACUCAUGAAAAACGGAUGUAUCUCACUUUAUAUUCAGUCGACACAUGAAUUGGAUCCUUUUUUUUUUCAUUUUUAGUUUUUCUUUCAUUCCUGGAGAGGGAGGAGCCAGAGAGCGCUGUUGUCUGGAAUGUCAGGGUCUGAGUUUUGCCACAAAGACAUUAUUGCCUUGGAGAACGGACAUCUGUUGCCUUUCAAAAGUCGUGCGUGAGUGAGAUUGCGAGUGCGCGUGUGAGAGAGGAAAAAAAAAAAAAAAACGCCGAUAAUCUGGGUCUUUGAUUCCAUUUUUUUGGUCCUUUUGAAAAGUGUUCUUAUUUUUCAUCACUGGGGUUUUUACGGUACAGAUAGUAUUCACGGAAAAUCAGAUGGACGCAGUCUUAUUUUUCAAGUACAACGUGCAGAAGGACGAAGGAGGAGGAGGAGGAGGAGGAGGAAGAGGAGGUAUCGACUAGAGCGUGUCUGGAUGAGCUGGACGAGGUUUCAUCGGGGUGGACAUGUGUACCGGGUGCACAGGUUGAAGCGUUUUUCCGGAAACGGACUUCGGAGGGUGGAUGGGUGGACGGAGCCCGACCAAGUACUUUUGAAUGGUUUCGGCGACCCGGUUCAGUUCUGGGGGGGGGGGAGAUGCAAAAAUCCAUUCAAAAGAAGCAUUGCCAUAAAAAGUUUAAAAGUGAGUCGUACAUGGUGUUGUCUUUAUCAUUUUUUAUUGUUAUUCUUGUAAAAAAAAAAAAGGAAAAAAAAGCCGAGCUGAAAGAAGACAGUUACACUAUCGAACCCAUGCUGUAUUAGAAACCUGUCAAUAUGUAUAUGAAUUAUGAAUACACUUCAAAAAUGCUUCA